AUUUUAAGCAAAUAAUCUGAAAUAUUUCAGGCUUCCGGAGAAGGAAAACAGAUCAAAAUUAAAUGGAAUCAUACUCCAAAACUGCAGUCGCCAUAGUAAUCCCUCUUCUCUUAUUUCUCUUUUCCCUCUUCUGGGUUUUAUCUAGAAGAUUAUUAUUCAGAUCUCAACAACGGAAUAAGAAACUGCAGCCACCGGUAGCCAGUGGCGCCUGGCCAGUGAUCGGUCAUCUUCAUCUCUUAGGUGGCUCUGAACCAGCAUACAAAACCUUAGGGAAAAUGGCGGAUGCUUUCGGACCAAUUUUUACUCUGAAAAUGGGAAGCCAUAGAGCAGUGGUCGUAAGCAACUGGGAAAUAGCGAAAGAGUGUUUUACUACAAACGAUAGAGUAUUUGCCUCUCGCCCCAAGCUUGUAGCCGCAAAGCAUAUGGGCUAUAAUAAUACCAUGUUUGCUUUCACCCAAUACGGCCCAUUGUGGCGUCAUAUCCGAAAAAUAGCCAAUCAUGAAAUUCUCUCUAACCAACGCCUUGAUCUUUUCCAACACAUUUACAAGUCAGAGGUUCAAGUUUCCAUAAAGAAACUGUAUGAGUUAUGGGUGACCAAUGGAAGCGAGAAAGUGUUGGUGGAGAUGAAGGAUUGGUUUGGAGAAUUAACUUUGAACACCAUAUUUAGGAUGGUGCUUGGAAAGCGAUUUUCAACAACUGUUGAAGGGAGUAGCAACGAGGGCAGUGACGAAGGCGAGCAGUUCCGACAGGCCUUGAGGGAUUUUCUUCAACUGUUUAUGGCUUUUGUUCCGUCAGAUUCGUUUCCAUUUGUGAGUUGGUUGGAUUUGGGAGGAUAUGAAAAGGCAAUGAAAAAGACGGCCAAAAUUCUAGACAAGACGCUUCAUAAAUGGCUAAUAGAACAUCAACAGAAGAGAAAUUGUAACAAUUGUGAUGAUGUAGUCCACAAGGAAGAGGACUUUAUGGAUGUGAUGCUGUCCACGGUUCAAAAUGUUGAAGAACUUAUCGGCUAUGAUGUUGGUACCAUCACAAAAGCUACAUGUUUGACUCUAAUAUUGGGUGGAGCAGAGAGCACACAAGUAACUUUGACAUGGGCUCUUUGUUUGCUCCUUAAUAAUAAUGAAGAUACAUUAAAGAAGGCCCAACUUGAAUUAGACGAACAAGUAGGUAGAGAGAGGUUGGUAUUGGAGUCGGAUGUGAAAAAUUUGUUGUAUCUUCAAGCUAUUGUAAAGGAGACAAUGCGUUUAUACCCUGCUGCACCACUUGCAGCCCUGCAUGAGGCCAUGGAAGAUUGUAAUCUUGUUGGUUAUCACAUUCCUGCAAAGACACGUCUAAUAGUGAAUCUCAAAAAGCUUCAAAAAGAUCCACUUGUAUGGGAAGAUCCCGAUGAAUUUCGACCAGAGAGAUUUCUUACAACGCAUAAAGAUUUCGAUGUCAGAGGACAACAUCCGCAGUUCAUACCUUUCGGGAGUGGUCGAAGGAUGUGCCCGGGAGUUUCAUUUGCCAGCCAAGUAAUGCAUCUAACGCUUGCAAACCUACUUCAUGGGUUUGAAAUUCGUAGGCCAUCUGAGGAGCUAAUCAAUAUGGAAGAGAAGGUUGGAUUAACCAGUAUGAAAACAACCCCACUUCAAAUUGUUUUAACUCCACGUCUUUCUGCACAAGUUUAUGUGUAAUUCAGCUUGAAAUUAUUACGGGCAAAAUAAAACAGUUUGGUAUAAAGUUGGAAUGCCAACAUCCAUGGGAACACACACUUCUUACUUUAUAAUUGGCUAAAGAAUAAAUAUCAUGUAUUGUGACACAAUGGGUUAAGUUCAUACUUCUUGGUUGUUUUAACAUAUCUGGCGAUGUAAAUUAAUUUUAAUUUUAUGUUUGUUGAUGCUAAAUUUUGGAGGAUGUAAAUACUAUUGGGGUUGAUGCACUAAAUAAUCUCGUAAUCUCGUGGUCCUUGUAGUUUGUAA